CACCGUUUUCCUUGUUUUCCACAUUUGCCGGUAAAUUCCAAAUGCAUUUUGACCAAAUUUCAACAGUGAGCACAAACGUGAAGCACCUGCACAAGACACUUUUAGAUGAGUUGGUGUAUCAUGUGAUGGGUUAUUUUCCACUACUGCAGGUAUGUACGUAGCAGUGAAAUGUCUUCCCCCGACAUAAAAGGGGAUUCUCUGUAUACAGCAUUGCGGUUGGCAGCAUCACUACAACGUGCUAUGACAGCGUCAAGAAUGGGAAGUGGUAUCUCCCUGCUUCUUCCUGCCGCGCUCGAAAACGAACGGCAUCUUGACGCCACGCGGCGGUGUGACAGCCAGUGGAAAAGAAAGAGUCAUUAGUCAUACGAGUUUCUGCAGUGUUCCAACUCUCGGUGGUUUUCCUGCGUCCCCUAGGAUGCAUAUAAAAACGGCCAGCGACAUGACCAUUGUCACUUCCAGAAAAAAGUACAAACAUCUUGCCACCUGCCAGCUGCUGCUUACUCGUGUAUUAAAAUGAAACUUGUACUUUUGUGCCUUCUCACCGUUUGCUGUGCGUCUCUGGCCUGUGCCGAUGGCGUGACACUGGAGCGGAGAAAACUGCUUGAAGUCUUAAAGCAGCUUGGUGACGUCAAAAACUCGCUCGAGCGCAAAAAUCUCCUUCUGAACACACCGCCGCAGAAUAUCGAGGACUGUUGCUGUCUGUCAGCGUUGCGAUGCUUCCGGGCCAGCUUGCAUGUGCACUUCAACAUGACGGAAAGAAACCAAAACAAACUUUACCGGAGCCUUAAGCAUCCAAUCACUGAAAGAGGUCUGGACUUUUGUGAAUCUGGAAAUGGUGUGUCCACCUGCGAAAUGUGCGCUUCGCAUCCGAAGGCGACCACUCGGGAGUUUGUCAGCAGACUCGAGUCUCUCAUUCAAAAGGCUAUCAGCAGACUGAGUGCCAACUGAGCAGACAGGAAGUUCAAGUUCAGGGGAG